ACCGGAAGGUCUCAGGCGAGGGUGGCGGAGUUCCGCCAGGUCAGCUAGCUUAGGUUCUCGCGGCGCCCGCGGUGCCGAGGCCGCUUUUUGCGGCCGCCGUUCUCAAGUCCGCGGAGCUUAGAGAGGCCUUGAGCUGGGUCCGCGGAAUCGGUGGCAUUGACCCGGCCCUCUACGUCCUUGGGGAGAGGAGGGUGCUCCUUUGCUUGGUCUCAGGCGGCGGCCGGAGCAGCUCUGCCUCUUGGACCUCCCUUCCUGCGUCCCCGGUGACGGACGAAAAGUUCGCUUGGAAUAUUGAUUCACCGAGUGACCUUGAGCUCAGGGCGACGCGUACCUUGUAGGGCUGCACUCGGCUAUUCAGGAACUUCGUGAGAAUUUCAGUAUAUGGAAACACUGCCCUUGUUCCAACCGGUGUCUAUCCAAAGGUCUCACUAUAAUACCAGGACCAAGGUAUUGCAUGUCAGUCAGUCAGCCAGCCACAUACUUAAUGACUCCUAAAAUCUCAUGGACUUCUAAAAGCAUUUCUAAGUUUACAGCGAAAUUGAGGGGAGGCACCAUGGUCUGUGCUGCUGUCGCGGUCCCUGGGCUGUUGCGAAGCUCUGCUGGGACCGUCCGCACCCCGGCUGCCUCACUGAGGCUGACAGCCAGUGCUUUGCGCCACCUGACUCUAGCAAGCAUAAUGAAAUCCAAAAGGAAAACUGAUCACUUGGAGAGAACUGCCAAUGUCGUUCGUCGGGAGAUGGUGUCGGCUGCUAAGGUGUGUGGGGCCGCUAAUGAGUCGCCAUCAGUGAAGAGGCUCUGCCUGCAUGUUGCUGAUAAAGACUUUUCUUUUAAAGCUGGCCAGUGGAUUGAUUUCUUUAUCCCAGGAGUCUCUGUGGUUGGUGGGUUCUCAAUAUGCUCCAGCCCCAGACUACUAGAACAAGAGAGAAUGAUAGAAUUGGCAGUGAAAUAUGCGAACCACCCUCCUGCUCUCUGGAUUCACAAUCAGUGUACACUUGACUCUGAAGUGGCCGUGAGAGUGGGUGGAGAGUUCUUCUUUGACCCGCAGCCUGCAGAUGCCUCUAGAAACCUCGUGCUGAUUGCAGGAGGGGUCGGAAUUAACCCCCUGCUCUCCAUCCUGCGGCACACGGCCGACCUCCAUAGAGAACGGGCCCACAGAGGGAGCGGCUACGAGAUGGGGACGACAAAGCUGUUCUACAGUGCCCAGAAUACCAGUGAGCUCCUGUUUAAGAAAAAUAUCCUCGAUUUAGUAAAUGAAUUUCCUGAGAAGAUUGCGUGCAGUUUGCAUGUUACGAAACAGACAGCCCAAAUCAGUGCAGAACUCAAGCCAUACGUCACGGAAGGAAGAAUAACGGAGAAGGAGAUAAGAGAUCAUAUUUCACAAGAGACUUUGUUCUAUAUUUGUGGCCCACCUCCAAUGACAGACUUUUUCUCCAAGCAACUGGAAAACAGCCACGUUCCCAAAGAACACAUUUGCUUUGAGAAGUGGUGGUAGGGAGCGGGCAAAGAUAGAAAAGAGAAAGCUGUGAAAUCUACCCAGGACAGCAACAGAGCUAUGAUUUGUGGCACGACAAAUUUACCUCUGCUCAGCUUUUUUUUUUUUUUUUUUUUUAAGGCUGAACUAAGUGACCAGCUGGAGCAUAAAAGAAAAACCAGCUGACAGACUUAGAUGAUAAAUUUUUUACAAAGACUUCAUUGAUUCAAUUAUUUUUUACUUUAUUGAUUUUCUUUUAUUAAUAACUGAUUAUCUCAUGAUAUAUCUUGAAUUGGUCAAUAUAGGUUUUCUUUCCUCUUAGGGAAAAAAGAGACAUAGACUUAAAUUUAAUCAUAUAAGAAUGCUGUUUUGUGUGUAAAAUGUAAGCUAUCUUCAUUUGAUAGCAACCUUUAUAUCUUAUGCUCAAUAAACUUAUAAUUUAAACAUGGUCCUAA